CGAUAGGGUACGGUGUUCCUCACGCGUUUUGUUUUCCUGCGCGUGUCCGUGUUUGUUGUGCUGUUUCAUCUCUCGCCUCUCUCAUCUCUCUCCCACCGCCUCUCUCAUCUCUCUCCCACCGCGUCUCCUCCUCUCACCACCACCCGUCUCCUCCUCGACUCACCACCACCGUGUAUCCCCCUCGUCUCACCACCACCGCAUCUCCACUUCGACUCACCACCACCGCGUCUCCCCCUUGUCUCAUCACCACCACCACAGUCGACCUCUCUCUGUCAUCAUAGGUGGAGGAGAUAAGGUUCAUGGCGGCUGGAGUAGAAAAGGUUCAUGGCGGCUGAAGGAUGCAAGUCUCGUGGCGGCUGAAGGAUGCAAGUCUCGAUGCGGCUGGAGGAAGCAAAGUUCAUGGCCGUUGGAAGAGGGUCAAGCUCGACGGCUCCUCCUUGGAUGUGGCGGUUAUGAAUUCAGCUACUUCGAAGGAUCCGAAGAUUUUGAACAAGGAGAAAGUUAAUGAGAUGGAGCAAGCAAACAUGGGUCAUCGCCACAUUUCUUGGAAGCAUGUAUGGUCAAACUUCUGUGUCUUUCGUGUAAUAACGAGAAGUUGCUUGACGACGAUGCUGUUCUUUAGGAUGUCGGAGUCCGGAACAAGUCUCAGCAUGAAUACAGAUCUCAUUUGUUCCAUAUGUGACGAAGAAGGGUCCGGGAAGACACUCGAAGAGGAAGAAGCAUCAUCUAUUUUGUUCACUCCACAAGAUUUGUUAGAUAGUAGCGGUAGGUUGUCGACCAAACAUAGUUAUGUCGCUCAACACUUGAUUGAUGUCGGGAUGUUCAUCAACGAACAGGUAAUGAUUCUAUUUACUAUUCCUAUUUCCAUAUUGAAGAAUCAAAAAACAUGACUAAUUGCAUUUACAUAGGGCACUGUGAUUACAUAGCUUCAUAUCCCCUUAUCGUGUAGCACAAUACGAAAGGUGUUCUGCUUUUGAAGCCAAAUAUGAAAAGUUGUAUCAGCUUAUUAUACGAAGGGGCAAGAGGUUCUGAUCAUGGCGUCGAUGAUGUCGUGGUCGGAUCAGGGGCCUACGACAGAGGCGGAAGGAGGAAGAGAGAGCUCAGAGGUGUAUUGUUUCUUGAAUUUUUUACAUGCAUAGAUGGAUAGGUUGUUAUGAAGCUCACCUUUGAAACCUCAAUUUUUCUUUUUCUCCACAUCCGACCAACAUUUCUCUCCCCAUGCGACAAAGCUCUGAUAUAGUUUCUUUGUUGUCCUUAAACAUUUUUGUCGUGGAAAUUUCGCCGCAUCAGUUUAUCUACGUAAGCUAUAAGCUUUGAAGGUUUCAUUGUGUAUUUUUUUGUAUAUCCGGACAUACUUGGUAUUAGAUUGGAUUAACCCUUACUUAUAUACUUGGCAGGAGCAUAUGAUGAUGAAGAGGCUGCUUCUAGAGCUUACCACCUUUGCUACCUUUAAAUACUGGGCCCUGGGACACUUAUAAACUUUCCAGUGGGUACGCUAUGGUAGUGUAUGCUUUAAAUAAUCAAGGUUUAAGCUCUUCAGGCAUAAGUGGCAGAAGGAUGGUUAUAGAUGUUAUGGGCCAUUCUUUGCAUUUUUCAUUGUUUUAUAUACAUUUAUGCACUUACAUAUUUUUCUUUAUUUGUCGAUGAUCUCUUAGCAUGUUGAAGGUUCCUUUGCGGUCAAGGUUGUAAUGUAAUUUGGGAUCAUGAUCAUAAACUGAUUUUCAUCUGUAGGCUCUCCUAGCUGGUUCUAUCAUCCGCUUCUACAGGUUUCUACAAAAAAAUUGGCUUUUAAUACUUACAUGUGCUAGGAUCUGAUGGUCUGGCUCAUAACAAUGUUUUAGCUUAGUUCUCCCUGGUUCUCUCUUUAUAAAAACUGAGCAGUGAUUCUCACAGUGUUGAAUUCUUCUUAGCUAUUCAAACUCUGAUUUGUUUUUUUUUUAGAAGUUAGUUCUGUUAUGUUUUUGAAACUAUGUCAAGAUCCCCAGUGAUGAAAGUUUUAGUAAUCUGUAACGGUGAGAAACUGGGGCUCCUUCUUGGGUUACUUACCAUGGAUGUUUUAGAGGAACCAUUGCUGUAGAUUCUUGGCAUUUUCUGAGGGUUUCUUCACUGGUUCUUUUUUAACCUUUUCUUUGUGAUUCUGGACUAGACUUCCGUCUUCUCCAUUUUAUUAUUAUUAUAGCUACUUUGAUCACUCUGUAAUUAUUAUAGUUACUUUGAUAACUCUGUAAUGAUGGCCCUAAGAGCAGUGUCGUCAACCAUGGUGUGUGUGAUGCUAAUAGUGUUGUGGAAGGUGGAGGAGGUGAGGCCACAAGCGAGGUUGCACCACGGAAGGAAGUUGUGUCCUUUGGAAAAAAGGCACUGACUGACUAAUAAUUACAGGUCUGUUGCAUUUGGAGUGUUGGUCACAA